GACGUAAUGAUCCCAGUAUACCAUAGAGACUCUGAACUUUUACGUAGAAUCAGGAAGUGAGUUGCGGACAACGGUUAGACAUUAUCUGGAGCAGCGUCAAGUCGAGGUACAAAAUAAGUAGUGGGGGUGGGUGGGAACCAGAAGUGAACGAGAAAGGGACGAAGAAGAUGGCGUCGUUCAUUACAGUGCAACUAAAGAAAACCUCGGAGGUAGACUUGGCAAAGCCUCUCUGCAAGUUCAUCCAGCAGACCUAUCCGGGUGGAGAAUCUCAGGCCGAACAUUGCCGAGCCGCCGAAGAACUCAGUAAGCUGCGCAAGAGCGCGCUCGGGCGCUCGCUCGACAAGCAUGAGAGCUCGCUGGAGACCCUCCUGAGAUACUAUGAUCAACUGUGUUCCAUAGAACCAAAAUUUCCAUUUUCUGAAAACCAGAUCUGUGUAACUUUUACCUGGAAAGAUGCUUUUGACAAGGGGUCACUGUUUGGAGGAUCUGUUAAACUUGCUCUGGCAAGUUUAGGCUAUGAGAAAACAUGUGUGUUAUUUAAUUGUGGAGCAUUGGCCAGUCAAAUAGCAUCAGAACAGAAUCUUGAUAGUGAUGAAGGGAUGAAAGCUGCCGCAAAAUAUUAUCAGUUUGCUAGUGGUGCCUUCCAGCAUAUAAAAGAUACGGUCCUCUCUUCAUUGAAUCGAGAGCCUACAGUUGAUAUUUCUCCAGAUACAGUUGGCACACUAAGUCUUAUCAUGCUGGCUCAAGGUCAAGAAGUUUUUUUUUUGAAAGCUACCAGAGAUAAAAUGAAAGAUGCAAUCAUAGCUAAACUUGCAAACCAAGCUGCUGAUUACUAUGGUGAUGCAUUCAAACAGUGCCAGUACAAGGAUACCUUACCCAAGUAUUUUUAUUUCCAGGAGGUGUUCCCUCUUCUGGCUGCAAAACACUGCAUAAUGCAAGCCCAUACAGAGUACCAUCAAUCUGUACUGGCAAAGCAACAGAAGAAAUUUGGUGAAGAAAUUGCAAGAUUGCAACAUGCUGCUGAUCUUGUAAAAACAGUGACAUCUCGUUAUGAUGAAUAUAUAAAUGUUAAAGACUUGUCUGACAAAAUCAACCGUGCACUUACUGCUGCAAAGAAGGAUAAUGACUUCAUCUAUCACGAUAGAGUUCCUGAUCUUAAAGAUCUUGAGCCAAUAGGAAAAGUCAGUCUUGUGAAAGCAACUCCCAUGACUAUCCCUCUGAGUCAGAAAUUUACAGAUUUGUUUGAGAAGAUGGUUCCCAUGGCAAUUCAGCAAGCUCUUGCUGUCUACAACCAAAGAAAGGCAGACUUGGUUAAUAGAUCAAUAGGGCAGAUGAGAGAGGCCACCAAUUUGGCAAAUGGAGUGCUAGCAUCUCUUAAUCUUCCUGCUGCUAUUGAAGAUGUUUCUGGGGAUAGUAUUCCUCAAUCUAUUCUACAGAAGUCUAAGUCAGUGAUUGAACAGGGAGGCGUUGAAGCAAUAGAUCAGUUGAUGAAAGAUCUUCCUGAAUUGUUGCAGAGAAAUAGAGAGAUUCUGGAUGAGUCACUAAGGAUAUUGGAUGAAGAAGAAGCAACAGACAAUGAGUUGAAAAACAAAUUCAAGGAACGUUGGCAAAGAACAUCAUCAAAUGAUUUAUACAAGUCUUUGAGGGCAGAAGGAAGCAAUUUCCGUAAUGUACUGGAUAAAGCAGUACAAGCUGACAAACAGGUUAAGGAACGGUACCAAUCUCAUCGAGAUACAAUUUCAUUGUUAUGUAAAUCAGAACAAGAACUUAAUGCAGCCAUUCCAUCAGCAAAUCCAGCAAAAACAAUACAAGGGAGUGAGGUAGUUAACAUCUUAAAAUCGUUGCUAGCUAGUCUGGAUGAAGUAAAAAAGCAGAGAGAACAACUCGAGAAUGAUCUUAAAUCAGUAAGCUUUGACAUGACAUCUAAAUUCAUAAUAGCACUCGCACAGGAUGGUGCUUUAAAUGAAGAAGCCAUUUCUGUCAUGGAGUUGGAUAAUCUUUAUGGUGGUCUUACUCAUAAAGUACAGGAGACCCUGAAGAAACAGGACGAGCUGCUUAACACCAUUCAGAAUUCUCAUCAGGAAUUUUCUAAGAUGAAACAGUCAAAUAACGAAUCCAAUUUAAGGGAAGAAGUUCUGAAGAAUUUAGCUAUAGCUAAUGACAACUUUGUGGAACUUACAGCCAACUUGAAAGAAGGCACAAAGUUCUACAACGAAUUGACUGAAAUCCUAUUGAAAUUCCAAAACAAAUGCAGUGACAUUGUGUUUGCCCGCAAAACAGAAAGAGAUGAACUUCUGAAAGAUUUGCAGCAGACUAUUGCCAGAGAACCCAGUGCUCCUUCUUUUCCUUCUGUGCCUGCAUAUCAAACUGUUCCCUCUGGGGGAAACAAGCCCUCUGCAUCCUCUACUCCAACUCCAGCUCCCCGAACCAAUGUGGUAAGUAAAUCAACAGUAAAGUUGUUGUUUUGUACUUCCUCUGUUUCAGUCAAUUCAGUAAAUUGGAAGAGCAGCCUUGUAUGCUGAAUACUAUAUUUUAAAAAAUUGCAAUGCAAAGCACGGAUGAAAAAGAAUCUAUUCAUAGCCCAAAUAGAUGAGAGAGAGAGAGAGAGAAAGAGAAAGAAAGAUAGUAUUACGUUUCUCUAAUCAAAAUAGCAUUUGAAAACUAUUCUACUUUUCUUGAUAAUUGAUAAUUUUGAGAUUUGAGAUUUGGUUUUUCUAACAAAAUUCUAGACUACAUAGAAUUGUUCUGUGGUUCUGUGGUGAUGGUAGCGGUGGAUGAAGCAAAAGAGAAGGGAUGAUUGAUAGGACACAGGAACAAUGAAGUGUUUAACCCUAAUAUUGCCUUAUAUCCACAGCUUGAUAGUGAUUGUGAAUAUUAUGUAUCAUUUGGAGAUUAAAGCUACUGUAUUUGCAAUUUAGAAUAUAAUCUAUUUUGUGAUGCUAUGAAUUGCUAUCAUAAAUAUAUUUUGUCAAAUUUACUAGUUAGAUAAGAAAGAUGAAAGAUCAUCCUUGAUUUAAAUAAGUAAUUUAAGAAAGGCUUCUGGUCUUCCGGUGACAUCUUCCUCAUUGACAGAUCGGAGACCGUGAUCGUCCGUGGCUUCGAUCUGUGCUCUCCCGUCAGAGGGCCCCGAUCACCUGCAUUUGGGGCCAGAACCAUCCUGUAGGGGUGGUGAAGAGGGGAGAGACCGUGAGCUGGAUAGAGAGGAGCUGCAUUUCCAUUCCCUGGCUAGACAUUUUAUUCCCCUCCGAAGACGGCUGUAGUGGUGGUUAAUAUGGCCACCCUGAAGCGGAAGAACUAACCUGGAUAAGAUUGUGCAGGAGCAGUGAAGAAGAGGACAGCUUGAAAACCGAGCUAAACAGGUGCAACAUUUAAAUAUAAGAUACCCCAGAAUUAAAAUUUUAAGGAAUUUAUGAGAGACAAUUAAAGUGGCAGCCAGAGAAAGUGAAGAAAAAACGUUUGACAGCUGACAGUGACUUUGAAACCUGAAAGGAAGAAGCCAGAAGCAGAUAUUUGUUUAAAUUGGAUAAAUAUAUGAUCUUGGCAUCAAAUAGGCAUAACUAAAGCUGAACUUGAAUGUGUCAAAGAAAAAAAUAAAAAAUAGUAUUUGUAUAUUUGGACUUAUUGGAACUUUGAAUUUCUAAAGCUCUAAAUAGAGAGAAAAAGAGAAAGGGAAAAAGGAUGGAAUUUGGAUAUAAUAGAGAGUGCCAUCUAGUGGUAAAAGAAAUUAAGAAUUUCUAUAACCUGUCUCCUACAAAAGCUUAUUUUGAUACAAAGUAAGUAAGACCUUGUUAACAACAAAAUAGAGACCCUGGAAAAUGAAAGUGGAAUACUGAAUAUUAAAACAAAGAAAGAAGCAGGAAGAAAUUAACGGGAUUGUUUGGUGUUUUUGGCAUAAACUUCAAUUCAUGGACAUUAGAUUAUUUGUUGAAUCCGGGAAAACCUGAAGAGGAAUUAAGAAAAGCUGAUCGUUGGAAAUAAAUUUUAUAGACAUUGGCUGAUUCAAAUUACUGGAUAAUUGUGGACAUAAAGAGUAAAGAAAGAUAUAUAAAUAUACAUAGCAGAAGUGUUUAAAAAUGGCAGAACUUUUUUUGGAAUUAAAAUGGAACUAAGAAAUGUGCAGGAAAUACUACAAGAAAAAGGCAAGUUGUUUGGUUUUGCCUUACAGUUUUUAGAAAAGGCAAUUUUAGAGCAUGAAGAACAACAAGGAGUGCCAAAAGAGGAGGAGUUGAUUAAAGAAGAGGCCAUCUUUAAUGAACAAUUGGAGCAACGGAUAUUAAAGCAAAGGGAGAGAAGAAUGGGAAUUAAAAACUGGAGAUUUGAGGAGGCAAUUAAAAAGGAAUACUUUGAAAACCAAACAAAGCAAAAGGAAACAGCAGAAAAGGGAAUUACAGAAGGAAGCUUUAAAGAGGGAGGGGGAUAAAAAUCGGAGUAA